UCCACAUAUUACAGAUGAUGUGGACUUUGUGACAGUUUCUUCCGUUAUCAAGAAUGGAAAGAUGGCUUACAUAAUUUUGAUGACCAUAUCAUUAUGAGCAUCCAUCUGUGUCUUUUUUUGCGUAAUUCAAUUCAGAGUCACACAGCUGUUGAAAGGGUCAUAAGCAGCCUUGAAAAAACUAAUGAAGUGCCCUACCCAAGUCAUAAUGCCAUAUUGCAUGCAUACCUACAUUUUGAGGCAGUGAUGUCCCAUGAUUAUAAUUUCUCUUGUGUGCACUGUGGGCAUCAUCCUCCUAUUGUUAUCAUGGACUUACACAAAAAGGGUGUCUUUAAAAUGGCUGCAAGUGACGUGAAAGAACCCCCACCAGAUUUUAAAGGGGAGGUGGAUAUGGAAGACUAUUGGAAGUCCGUGGAAAGAGAAAUUCUUGGUAGAGGCUUUGUGAAAUGCAACCGUGAUAGUCCUUUUGUCAUUUUGCCAAGUUACCAUCAAUGGGCACCUUGGAUAGGACCCCAAACCAGAGCAGGUCACAUUGUUGCUAACACAGAGUAUGCUAAAGUACAUGUGUCAAAUAAGUCCCAAGAUGAACGUGACAUGGAUAUUACAGAGGAGCGUCUCACAAAUGAAGUCAUGAAUUUAAAAAGCUCUGCAAGCAGCUUCUUUAGCUCCUUCUCCUCCAUCUCCAUCAGCUGUUCAUCAAGCAAUUACAUCCCCAGUGCAUUCAAUAAGUCACCCAGGAACAUUUCAAGCAGCCUGUCCAGCCACUGCAGUCGCAUUUAA